CUGACAAUUCAAAAUGAGACAUCACUCAAAAGCUGCCGUCAUGUUCUCAUACAUUCCUCACCUGAACAAUCAUUAAUAAAUUAAUAAAAAUUAACUUCACAGACAAUGUAUCGGUGCAAACGUUGGCGAGGAUAUGCGACAUACUAUCAGUGAACGAAUCGCAUUUGAGACUAGAGAAAAGAUUGUGCACAGAGAGACGUUAUAAGAAAGUGACACAUUGCCUGUUCGAUCUAGAUGGAACCAUACUCGAUUCCGAGAUUAUGUACCACGAAAUGGUGAAGCAAAUCUGUCAAAAGUAUGGCAAGAAAUAUACGAAAGACCUACGGAUAAGGAUGUACGGGGUGACCGAUAAAGAAAUAUGCACAACCGUAGUGAAAGAACUUAAGAUGCCUAUAUCAGCCGACGAGCUUGAAAUGCAGCUCGGAGAUCUUGCUAAGAAAGUUCUGCCAGGCGCUCCGUUACAAAAAGGUGCAGAGAGACUGCUGACCCACCUCCACGACCACAACGUACCCAUGGCACUAGCCACCAACUCCAGCGAGCAGGCGGUGCGUCUGCACGCCACGGCACGCCCGCGGCUCUUCGGGUUAUUCCACCAUAAGGUCUGCGCCAAUGAUCCAGACGUCGACAGAGGAAAACCACAUCCGGAUAUUUAUCUGGUAGCAGCUGACAGAUUCCCGGAGAAACCAAAGCCGAUACAGUGUCUCGUGUUUGAAGAUUCGGCCUGUGGUGUCGCAGCAGCCAACGCAGCUGGAAUGCAGGUAAUAAUGGUCCCCAACCCCCGCCUGGAUCGCGAGCUGACCCGGCACGCGACCCUCGUCCUAAGGUCGCUGCAGGACUUCCAGCCCCAACUCUUCGGUCUGCCACGCUUCGAUGGCAAGCCUAACGACAGGAGGGAAAGGGAGAGAACCAACGCCCUGGACGCCAAACAUAAGAAGUGAUGAUGCAAAAUACAGAAGAAUGUUAACGGAAAUCGAGUUCAAUUGUUUUUUUUAACACACACACACUUAAAAAAAACAAAAAACCCGACUGCU